AUCCGGGUGUUCUUUAUGCUCCGGUCCCUGUCACUCCAUCUCCAGAAUGAGCCUGAAACCCAGCUUCCAUUAACUAGGGAAGAAGACCUAAUUAAAACAGAUGAUGUUUUAGACCUGAAUAACAGUGAUUUAAUUGCUUGUAUGGUGGUCACUAAGGAAGGCACUCAGGCACAUCGUUUUCUUGCAGUGGAUGUCUACCAAAUGAGCCUUGUUGAACCUGAAACUAAACGACUUGGCUGGGGAGUAGUAAAAUUUGCUGGUCUCUUGCAGGAUAUGCAAGUUACUGGAGUUGAAGAUGACAGCCGUGCUUUGAAUAUUAUUAUUCAUAAACCAACAUCUAAUCCACAUGCCAAGCCAAUUCCUAUUCUCCAAGCUAACUUUAUCUUUGCUGACCAUAUUCGUUGCAUCAUAGCAAAACAACGACUUGCAAAGGGCCGCAUUCAAGCACGACGAAUGAAAAUGCAAAGAAUAGCAGCGCUUUUGGAUCUACCUGUUCAGCCUUCAGCUACUGUUCUAGGUUUUGGACAAAACUCUGCUACUUCUUCCCAGCACCUUCCAUUUAGAUUCUAUGACCAGUCACGGCGUGGCCUCAGUGAUCCCAGUGUGCAGCGCUCUGUGUUUACCUCUGCAGAUAAGGUGCCAGGCUUUGCUGUGGCUCAGUGUAUAAGCCAGCACAACUCUUCUCCUGCGUCUUCACCCUCUCCCCCAUCCAGUGCUAGUACUAGUGGCAGUACAGGCCAUUGUGACUCAGUUGCUGGUAGCACAAUUUCCACUCCCUCAGCUGCUCAGAGCCCUUCAGAUGAUCCCUUAGUUCCAGAUGAAAUUCAGACCUCCUUUUCCAGCGUGAUUGAAUUUGUGGAUGAGACUGGCUCAACUUCUUCUAACCGAGCACACAAAAAGAAUUCUGACCUUGAUGGCGCUACUCCUGCUUUGGCACCUAGCCUAACUCCAGCACACCAGCCAACAAUCUCUCUCAUUUCUGAUGACAACACGGAUGCACUCAGCGUGGAGUCAUUAACUCUUCUGCCUCCAACUGACCCCAAGCAAAUUCACAGCUUCAGCAGCCAGCGUUCUGUACAGUCCGAUUAUGCUGGUUCAAGUGAUGGGGACCAGAGCACUGAGCUGCAGGACACAACAGAAGAUAGGGCAUAGAUGUGAUCCUGUUCUACAGGGUUAGUGCUACAGCUCAGUGAUCUUUUAAAGAUUUUCAGCAUUAUUUCAGAGCUUAACUAAGAUACAGACUGACAGGAGCAUCUUACUAACUUCUGUGUAACAUGUAAAUAAAAUGACUUGUAUGUAAAUAUAAACGGAAGUUGGAAGGCAACUGUUCUGUUACAGAUUUUAUGUUUUAUGGCACUGCUAGUACUUUUCCCUAAAUUUCUUGCUACACAAUCCAAUGUGGCAUUUGCAUUGGGAUUUCAAGUUUAGCUGGUUUUCUUAACCAUAUAAUCCCAAAUGUGUUUUCCUGUUGUUCUUGAUAAGUAUGCCUGAUCAUUUUAAAGGAAAUCCUGUUUUCGAGAGUCUUUUUUGACAUGCUAGGCUGACUGAAUGAAUGAAUGAAAUGUAUGUUUAAAAGAAAAUAUGCAAUUAAAUUAACUUUUAAUUUUC